CCCCAUUAAAAAACAGCUGGUCGUCGCACAGCUGCACACGGAUCCUCUCGACUGAUCCGUCCGCCGCCGCCACCACCUUCCUCUCCUCCGGCCAUGGCGCCCGCCAGGUGGUUCCCCGCGCCCGCAUGCGCCCUGCUCCUCCUCCUGCUGCCACUCGCGCGCGCCGCCACGCCGGCCAAGUCCCCGUCGUCUUCCUCCUCCUCCGCCGUGUUCCAGCUCAACGGCGACGUUUAUCCCACCGGCCAUUACUAUGUCACCAUGAACAUUGGGGACCCAGCGAAGCCUUACUUCCUGGACAUUGACACGGGUAGCGAUCUCACCUGGCUGCAGUGCGAUGCUCCCUGCCAAAGCUGCAACAAGGUGCCACAUCCGUUGUACAAGCCAACAAAGAACAAGCUUGUUCCUUGUGCAGCCUCAAUCUGCACCACGCUGCACAGCGCACAGAGCCCUAACAAGAAAUGUGCCGUUCCGCAGCAAUGUGACUACCAGAUCAAGUACACAGACAGCGCGUCUUCCCUUGGUGUGCUCGUCACUGACAACUUCACCCUGCCCCUGAGGAAUUCAUCCAGUGUGCGUCCCAGCUUCACCUUUGGCUGUGGGUAUGACCAGCAAGUGGGGAAGAAUGGCGUGGUGCAGGCGACGACAGACGGCUUGCUUGGGCUUGGCAAGGGAUCGGUUAGCCUCGUCUCGCAGCUGAAGGUGCUAGGAAUCACCAAAAAUGUCCUUGGUCAUUGUCUCAGCACGAAUGGAGGAGGAUUCCUGUUCUUUGGGGAUAAUGUUGUGCCCACUUCACGUGCGACUUGGGUGCCCAUGGUUCGUAGCACGUCUGGGAACUACUACUCACCUGGCUCAGGGACACUGUAUUUCGAUAGACGUUCGCUGGGUGUGAAGCCAAUGGAGGUGGUAUUUGACAGCGGCAGCACCUAUACCUACUUUGCUGCCCAGCCAUACCAAGCGACAGUCUCUGCGCUCAAAGCUGGUCUCAGCAAGUCACUUCAACAGGUGUCAGACCCCAGUCUGCCUCUUUGCUGGAAAGGGCAGAAAGUGUUCAAAUCUGUGUCUGAUGUCAAGAACGACUUCAAGUCAUUGUUCUUGAGCUUUGUGAAGAAUUCUGUCUUGGAGAUCCCUCCUGAAAACUACCUGAUUGUCACCAAAAAUGGGAAUGCAUGCUUGGGCAUCCUUGACGGUUCGGCGGCUAAACUGACUUUCAACAUAAUUGGAGACAUCACAAUGCAAGAUCAGUUGAUAAUUUAUGAUAAUGAGAGAGGGCAGCUUGGAUGGAUCCGUGGAUCAUGCAGUAGAAGCACUAAAUCUAUUAUGUCAUCCUUUCCAUGAAUAUUUUAUCACAUAUGAACCAUUAGCCCGUCCAUUGAAACACUAGCUGCACCUCAACUAUGCAGAACAAUGGAUCCUGUUGUAACUGAAGAAUGCCAGCACUUGCCAUCCAAAUACAGCAUGUAGCGGCCUGAGGAAAAUGAGGCAUGGGAGGAGAGUAGGAUGAGGAUGCAGUGUAGUUAUGUUGAAAGUUAUAGCAUGUAUGCUCCUGUUGAUAAUGAAAUAGAGUCCAUAUCUUACGUGUCAUUUUACUUGGAGUUAUGAAAUUGAGGUGUGGGUGUAUUUUAGAGACAUUUGCCAUGACUAUUUUUUUCCAAGGUUGAAAGUUAUAGUUGAUCCAAGGUUGUUAA